AAAGAAUAAUCGCACAUCAACAAAUUUGUUUUUGUUAUCUCCCAGACAUGCCCUUAUUCCUUCCAAUCCAACGAUCCAAAACCCACUUAACCUACCUUCCUCUCAUCUCAGCCGUCCCUCACCCUCUCGUACAUCCUUCUCAUUAUAUAUUUUUAUACCCGCCUUGUCCUUUUUGUUGAAUCCCACAUUGGUCCCCUUGAUCAAAUUUAUGUUACUCUUUCAUCCUCUUCAAUCUCUCUCUUCCCCCCUCUUUCUCUCAAUUGGAUCCCCAUUAUAGCUACUUUGAUAAUGGAGUCAGUUUCAGCACCACCAUGGCUCGAAUCCUUAUUAUCCACAGCGUUCUUCUCCAUUUGUCCGGCACACAGAGACGGCCCCAGAAGCGAAUGCAACAUGUAUUGCCUUGACUGCAACAAUGAAGCUUUCUGCUUUUAUUGCCGAUCAUCCAGACACAAAGACCACAAGGCCAUUCAAAUAAGGCGAUCAUCUUACCACGAUGUGGUAAGAGUUGCAGAGAUUCAAAAUGUGUUGGAUAUAAGCGGAGUUCAAACGUAUGUGAUAAACAGUGCAAGAGUAAUGUUUCUAAACGAAAGGCCACAGCCUAGGAUUGUUGUGAAAGGGGGUUCUCAUUCCUGUGAAACAUGUGGGAGGAGUCUCUUAGACCCUUUUCGUUUUUGUUCAUUGGGAUGCAAGCUUGUAGGAAUAAAGAGGAAUGGCAAUGCAAACUUUAUUUUAAGCACAAAGAAUGAAGAAGAAGUGAGAAGUAGGGAAAGAAUUGGAAGAAGAUUAUUGACGUCAAAAGAAGAAGAAGAAGAACAAGAAGAAGAAGAAUUGCGUGAAGGAGGAGAUAUAUACCAAAGCACGCCUCCUCCAACUCAUAGUUCCAAUAAUUCAAAUUCAAGAAGAAGAAAAGGUACCCCUCACAGGGCACCUUUAGGGUCCUAAAUAUUAUUAUUAUUAUUUAUUUUUUUGGGUAUAGAAAUUGAAAAUUUGCACAUUAUAUCCAGCUCAUUCCUCACAAUACCCCAUGUGGGUUUUGUGCCCCUAUGAUCAUGGGUAAGCUGUCUUAAUGGAGUUUUAAACAGAGAAUCCGUUUGAUUUUAGAGUAGGCAAAAUACCUUUUGGAUUAGAGGCUGGCUUUUUGUUGCAAUAAUGCUGCAUUAAUGUUUGAAACAUGCAAAGGUGUAAAUGCCAAUCUAUACUCACAUGAAACCGUUUAUAUAAAGAAAUAAACAGCUAAGUCCAGCCCCCUUUUUUUUUUUUUUUUUUUGGGGUUUUAGAUAGACAUCAAAUUUGUAAAAAGAAAAAAAAAAAUUACCUGCUUACUAUAUUUCGUCAAAUUAGGGAAAGUUAUACAAAAUUUAUAUAGCAAGUUCUUUAACCAGUAAUGCCUUUAUGUUUGCAAUCUGCAAUAUUGUACCAGGCAAUAAUAUAGGCGCUCCAUUGUUUGAAACUAUACAUAUGCAUAAUAUCCGAUAUUAUUCAUAAAUAAUUGUUCUUGUAUAAUUGUUUAUUGUUAUUUAUUAGAUCUUAAAUUGAUUAUAGGACAAGAUUUAUAAGUUCUGUAUGUCCACGCGCUUUUCUUUUUCUAUUUUUCACUCAAUGAAUUUCCUUGUAACAACAGAUACGGAUAAAAGGACAUAUUUCCUUUGCAAA